AUUAUUUUCAACUGUAUGGUAGAAAAUAUAAUAAAAUUCCUUAAUCUUAUUGUGUUUCUUUAUGCAGUUGAUAUUAUUUCAGCUAUUGAAUUUGAUAGAAGUGGUGAUCAUCUUGCUACUGGUGACCGUGGAGGCCGUGUGGUUCUCUUUGAGAGAACUGACACUAAGGAUCAUGGUGGAUCCAGAAGGGAUCUGGAGAGGAUGGGUUACCCAAUUAGUAGGCAUCCUGAGUUUCGAUAUAAAACAGAAUUUCAGAGCCAUGAACCUGAGUUUGACUAUCUCAAGAGUUUGGAAAUAGAGGAGAAAAUUAACAAAAUCAGAUGGUGCCAAACAACCAAUGGUGCUCUUUUUCUCCUAUCUACUAAUGAUAAAACCAUCAAGUAUUGGAAGGUCCAAGAGAAGAAGGUGAAGAAAAUUUCUGAAAUGAAUGUGGACCCUUCUAAAGCUAUAGGAAAUGGUAGCAUUGCCAGUUCAAGCAAUUCAAGUAUUGGUAAACAAUAUCUUGCAAAUGGAGGAGACAAGUACGAUUUACCAAGCAAUGACUUCAGCAUUCCUCCUGGGGGCUUUCCAUCAUUGCGUUUACCAGUGGUAGUGACGUGCGAUGAGACAAGCUUGAUGGCUAGUUGUCGAAGGGUAUAUGCUCAUGCUCAUGAUUAUCAUAUUAAUUCAAUUUCAAACAACAGUGAUGGUGAAACUUUUAUAUCUGCCGAUGACCUACGAAUAAAUCUUUGGAAUUUGGAAAUUAGCAAUCAAAGUUUCAAUAUUGUUGAUGUCAAACCUGCAAAUAUGGAGGAUCUUACUGAGGUUAUAACAUCAGCAGAAUUCCAUCCUGGCCAUUGCAAUACAUUAGCAUACAGCAGUUCAAAAGGCUCAAUCCGACUCAUUGAUUUGCGACAAUCAGCUUUGUGCGACUCUCAUGCCAAAUUGUUUGAGGAACCAGAGGCACCAGGCUCCAGAUCAUUUUUUACAGAAAUAAUUGCCUCAAUCUCUGAUAUUAAAUUUGCAAGGGAUGGAAGACAUAUACUCAGUCGUGAUUACAUGACUCUUAAGUUGUGGGAUAUCAAUAUGGAUUCUGGUCCAGUUGCAUCCUUCCAAGUGCAUGAACAUUUAAGACCAAAGUUGUGUGAUUUAUAUGAAAAUGAUUCAAUCUUUGAUAAAUUCGAGUGUUGUUUGAGUGGUGAUGGAUUGCGAGUUGCGACAGGCUCCUACAGCAAUCUGUUUCGGGUAUUUGGUUGUAACCUAGAAAGUACUGAGGCAACAACUUUGGAAGCCAGCAAAAAUCCAAUGAGGAGACAAGUCCAGACCCCUUCAAGGCCUUCAAGAUCCCUAAGCAGCAUAACACGUGUUGUAAGACGGGCAGGAGCAGAAGGCCCAGGAGUUGAUGCAAAUGGAAAUUCUUUUGAUUUCUCCACAAAGUUGUUGCACUUAGCGUGGCAUCCUACUGAAAAUUCCAUUGCCUGUGCUGCCGCAAACAGCUUGUACAUGUACUAUGCAUAAAGAUGAUCCCAGGAAGAAAUGUAUUUGCUUGGUGAAGUUCUGGGGUUGCUGUUGGGGAAGAUUUCUUUUCCCUUCCCACCAAUGAGCUAGGCGGAGGCUACAUUGUGUUUUGCAUUUAGAAUGUCCUUCAAUCUGCAGCACCUACUAUGUUAUAGAAUGUUCCUGAAAUGGCUCUUGCAGAAUCCAUUUGGAAGCAGCUUGUUAUCAUUCUCCAGGGAGCUAGCUAGAUAUCAAUUUUCUUCUCUCCUAACCCCAAAAUUCCUUUCCUCUCCCCUCCUUUUCCUGAUAUCUUCUAAAAUAGAAGAUGCAAUUAUGUUCGAAAUUGUGAUGGGUUGCAGUCAUUAGAAAAUGUGAUUGUAGUUCUUCUACAGCAAAACGUAAAAGAUGUUAAGUAAAUUUGCCACUAAGUCCAAGGUGAAUAUUACGUAGAUCUUGGUGGGAAGGAGCUGUUGAAACUUGCUAUGCAAUUUUUCUGUUUAUUCUUUAUUAUUCUUGAAACGUAUAUCCUGUAGUUAUUUCCGCUGUGGAUUACUGAUUCUUUUGUCCCUAGGAUCACCAGGUAAACUACCGCCUCGAAUUGCCAGUUACGCGCUUCAUACUAUGUUGUUGCGAGGAUAUUUAGUAUUUGCCUCAAGCAUGAAGGUUAUUGUAUUUUUUUUUUCACUUGAAAAGGCAAUUAAAUGUUUGCAUCGAACCUCUGCAAGCUGUUCUU